AUGGAUCGCGCGCGCCACAGGAGCUCCCUCAGCUCCGAGCGCUUCCUCGGCUCCUUCGUCCGCUCCGCAGCCUCCGGCGAAGAGUCUGCCUCUACGGCCUUCGAGCUUGACGAGGACGACCUCUUCUCCGCAGGAUCUGGCUCGCCCGAGCCGCCGCAGCCGGUGCGCCGCCCAUUCAUCCUGUCUUCCGUCCGCCCUGCAAACCCUAGCCCUCUUCCACGCCUACGCCGCCCGCCGGAGGGCAUCCUGGACGCCCUCCCCGAGCGCCGCCGGUCGCCGCCUCAAUCAUCUUCGUCGACGUCCUCGUCCCCCGCUUCCCCGGCUGCGGCCCCUCCCCGCAUGAUCCCCGCCGUUCCCCGCCCGGCGCCGGCGCCGUAUAUGCCGCAAUCAUUGCCGGUCAACGUCCCUGUGGCGCAGCUGCGGAAGCCGCCCGUGGUGAUGGUGAUGGGGGAAGCGGAGGAUGAAGACGACGAGAUGCUACCGCCACACGAGAUGGUAGCGCGCGCGCGGGCUCGGGAGUCGCCGAUGACGACGUUCUCAGUGCUGGAGGGAGCCGGGCGCACGCUGAAGGGCGGGAUCUCCGCCAGGUACGCAAUGCUGUCUGGCGGAAGACUGGAUUCCUCGACUGACCCGUGCCGUUUGCACUGGCCAGUAGCCCUCAGGUAG